AUGUGCAUUAAGCAGCAAGAAAUGGUACGGCAAUACAACCUGUGGGAUGACCUUGCUAAAUCAAAUGAAGUCCUUGUAAAGCUGGCGGAUAGCUAUAAAAUUGUCGCUGCCCUAAAAGACGUUCAAUAUAAGGCUGAAGAAGCUAAGCUGAUUACACAGUUGGCAGAGAUGGAUGCUAUAAAUUAUGGGCUUUUUAAGCAAGCAUACACUGCCUCCCUAGAUGUCAGCAAAUUCUUAGACAAGUAUGAGAUGUCCAAACUUCUUAGGGGCCAUAUGAUGUUGAAGGGGCAUGCAUGA